AGCGUUAGUGAGGGAACACUAAUCGAGAGUCACUAGUAUAAAGGGAAUCAGUUGGAAACCUCUAGUUUUUAAGGACCUUAGGAACCUAAACAAAAAUUCCUAUACUAUGCACCUACCUAUACGGAUUUUAAGUCUGUAGCCAUAUUCACAGUUCAGCACAGCCUUAUUAAAUUUGUAGUCUGUGGUACGUAUUCUAGAGUUUGUCACCUGAUGUCUCUAGCUGUAAUUCGUACAACGGACAUUCGCGCACGUGUGUUGAAAACAUACUUUGUAUAGAUUAAAUUCGAGUAUUAUAACAUAUUUAUGUUUAAAAUAUUUAUAUUAUUUUUUACGUGUUUAUCAUUGUUUAAUAAAUAAUUUGAGCAAAAACUAAAAUGUCACAGUCUAGAAAAGAUACAAACGAUGAAGUAGACGUAAAAACUGGCCGUAGGACUCAAAGUAUUGUCGACUCCGAAGUUGUACAUUCUCCAUUACGUCGUAGCUCUCGAGUUAAAUCUCUUGUUAAACAAAAUGAACCUUCACCUGACACAUCUGUAGGAGAUGUUGGUAACAUUAAUAAUACUUAUACAACAAGAAAUACGAGACGUCGAAUAGAUUCUCCAGACAAUUCUACAAUGACUGAGAAGAAUAGAACUUUACGUUCUAGAAGAAGUUCUGUAACUUCAGAUAUGAUUGGCUCCUCAGAUGCAGAUACUACUAUUGUCACUUCAUUAAAGAAGAAUAGAAAUGUUUCUGAUAAUGAAGAAUUGAAUAAGACUGAUUUUCAAACUAGUAAACGAUUUACAAGAGCUGGCUCUGAAGCUAAGUCACCACCAAUAGUAACAAGGGUCACACGAAGAACAAGAGCUAGUUCUAUGGGACCCGAAGCUAUUAUAGGAAGUAAUCUUAUAGAAACAAAUAAUAGUGGUUUAGUGCACACACCUGUUAAUACAAGAAAACGAAGAUCAAUGUUAUCUUUAAAAACACCCAUGUUAGAAGAAACAAUGAUACCAGUAGUAACAUUGGAUCGAAUGUUACCCAGUGUCAAAGAAAUUAAUGAAACAAAUUUGGAAAAUCCAACUAUUGACCAAAGUAAUAAAUCUGAGUCCAUUUCAAAGGAUCUGUUUCAUUCCAGUUCUAAAAAUGCAUCUAAAGAAGCAACAGAAACCGAUUUAAGUGGUAAUCUAAGCGCAUUUGAUCGAAUGUUACCCGGUGUUAAAGAAAUUAAUGAAACAAAUUUGGAAAAUCCAACUAUUGACCAAACUAAUAAAUCUGAGUCUGGUUCAAAGGAUCCAUUUAAUUGUAACUCCGAAAAUGCAUCCAAAGAAGCAACAGAAACUGAUUUAAGUGCGAAGGAAGUACACAACAGUUCUGUGGAAAGUUCUCCUGCACAUCAGGAUACUGAAAUAAGUAUGCCUAUUGUUGAUAAAACUACAGUGCCAAAUACUGAUGACACAAAGGAAGAUGCGCCUACAGAUACCAUCACAUCACCAGUGCCACUAGUAACGGGUAUAUUAAAAGAAAGUUGUCAAAUCUCCACUGAAAAUACUAUCAAGGAAUCAGGACUAGUAAUUGAGAAUUCAGCAAAUAAUUCAAUAAAGGGAGAAGAUGAACAUCUUAGCGAUAAAGAGAACCAACCAGCAAACAUCAUUGAUAGUAAUCAAAAUAAAGAAGAUACAGUUUCUAAUGCAUUGUCAAGAAGUCCAAAGCAAAUUGCUAUGAGCAGUUUGUCCACUAAUAAAUCAAUAAAAGACAAUGAUAAUGAGGCAGAUAGUCCUGACAGUAUGCAAAAGUUAGUAGUUACAAGCGAAGAAUCAUUAAGUGAAACACUACUUAAUGAUAGCACAGAUCAAAAUGCUUCAAUUAUAGAAAUGUGCGAUGGCUCAAGUCUAGAUGAUAAUAUUCAAAUUGUGAAGUGUCCAGAUAAUUUAAGUGAUUCAGAUAAUGAUAAGGUUCAUAGUGUAGAAAACGAAACUACAGAACCAACACAAGAGGUUAGCUCAGACAGUGAAACCGUUAGGGAAGGUAAGAAUGUUGAUACAAUUUUAUCUUCAGAAGCAGAAAUUCAACAGACUUCUAAAGAAUGUGUAACAGAGAAAUGUAAAGAAUCCUCAGAUGUUCAUAUGGAGUCGGAAGAUUUAGAAUCUAUUAAUAAGGAGGAGGAUGAAGUAAGUAAUAUAAUUAAGAAUAGUCAAUCUUCAACUGCCACAGAUUUUCCAGUUGAAUCUAUUGAAGUUCCGAAGGAAGAUGUGACUCAGAAUAUGUCUGUGUUGGAUAAUUCUUCAGCUUCUGAAGAAAAAUGUAUGAACAAUUCUGAGCCAUGUAAAGAAAAGAUUAAUGAAAGUGGAAUUCAGGAAACAUGUGAGAAGGAUGAAGAAAAAAUGAAAGAAGAGGAUAAUUCUGAUUCCAACAUAGAUACAAAUUUAUUUCAGGAUAUUCCAGCUGAUGAAUGGAAAGUGAACAAUUCUGAUAACAAUUUCAUACACUCAGUGUCGGCAGAAAAAUUAGAAGAUGAAAGUGAGAACGAAUGUGAUCUUGUUUUAGUUGAUAAGGAAGCGUGGCAAGCUACAGAAGAUAUAAACAAGGAAGAAGAGACCAAGAAAUCAUUGAAUUAUGAUUCGAAUGAUGCAGUAAAAGCACAGAAAGAUACAUUGAAAGCACAAGAAAUAGAAGAAGCAGAUGCAUCAGAGGAACAAAGUAAGAUGAAUGAAAAUAAAUCUCCAAAGACAAAAAUUUUACGACAAUCUAUGCAACAAGAAAAAAUUAAUGAGAACGAAAAUGUAACAACUAAUUCACAAAAUGUAGAGAAUGUGUGUAUGCAAAAAUCGUCAGCAGAAGAAAGUCCUGAAGACUCUACUCUGCACAAUAAUACAUCAAUGGAAAAGAAAAUAGAAAACAAAGAUUUAAUAACAAAAAGUGAGGAAGAUCAAAAUAAAUUAUUUACUGAUUUAUCUAUGGAUAAGAAUAAAUCAUCUGACAAUAUUUUAAAGAAACGAAUAUCUCUUUGUAAGUCUGACGAAAUGAUAAAUAGUGAAAUUGAGGAAUCCAGUGAAUCUGAAACUUCGGAAAAAACGAAAUCAAUUAAUAAAUCACAUGGUUCAUUAUUAUGUGAUUCAAGUAGCUCUAGUAAGUCGGAUAAAAGUAUAGACUCUGAUAUUGAAAGGGAAUAUAAUUUGCACGGCGAAGAACCAUCCAAGUUCUCGGAUGACGACGUGCCAGGUGAUGAGUGCAGGGCAUCAGAAACUGAAUCAUCGGAUCCUAAUGAUAAUGGAUCGGAUCUUGCAGAUUUUGUAGUGAAUGAUGAUGAUAUUUCUGAGGAGGAAGAAGAUCAGAAAAGUGAGAGUGACCAAGAGUUGUAUAAUAAUGAAGAUAGUGAAGUUCAAGAAAGUGAACUGGAUGAAGAACACGAGAAAGAGCAAAUUCAAAAAGAAAUUGAGGAGAAAGUAAUGAAAAAAGAACAACGGAAUAAAACUGUAGAAAGAAAGAUUGAAACAGUAAUAAAUAAAUCCACGGACACUACGAACAGAAAAAAGGGUAAAUUAAAGAAAUCUAUACGUUUAAAUUUACCUGAAAUGUUUGAAAGAACUAAGAAAAAUGAGAAGAAAUCGAAAAUCGAAACAGGUAAUAAAAGAAGAAGAAAUAAUAGUAUAAAGGAUAAUGAUGAUAAAAAGAAAAUUAGAAACAGCAUGAAGUAUGAGAAAGAAUAUAAGAAUCAAGCAGGAGGAUCUAAUGCGACAGAAGUAUCGAGGAAAGGUGUGAAACGUAUUUCUGAAGAUAUUCUUGGAAAUCUAUCAGAUGUUCCUUUAAAGGCACCGAAGAAAAGGAAACAAUCAAUGUCUGAAAAACAAGAAUUGCCAUCGCGUUCAAUGAAUAAUUUAACGAUUAAGAAAAAUAAGGUAAAUGUAGGAGAAGACUUUAUUUCAUUAAGUUCCUAUGGAAGCACAACAAAUUUUUAUGUAGAAAAUCUUCGUAAGUUUAUGAAAAGUAGGAAGACGUCAGAAGUACAGUCAUUCAGACAAAGAAUGCUUCAAAGAAAUGCACGUCAACGUGUUUCACAUUAUUUAAUGUAUUUAGAAAAGCAAAAGUCUUCGGAUAAACGUAAAUUUCGUAAUAAACCGUGUUAAAUUCUUAGUUUAUACGAUGCUUCCUAACCGUAUACUUUAUAUUUACAAGGGAACUUCGGUAAUUUGAAACUUUCAGUUCUUUUGAAACUUGGCAGAUUUAUAGAGAACUCUAGCAGUCUGUUUUAAUUCUUUAGGGUAGUAACAUUCCUUAAUGAUACUUUUAUCAUCGACUUUUAUGAAUUAGGAAAAUUUAAAAAACAUUGGAAUUUUCAAACUACCGAAAUAUUUUAACUGCAUUGCAUUGUAAUAAUUGUUUUAUACAUUAUGAGUAAGCGCGAAAACCAAUAAUUAUUGUAAUCUAGUGUAAACUAAUAUACAGCUUGGUUUAAUUAAUCAUUAAACAAUGAUAAACACAUAAAGAUGAAUAAAACUAAUAUAUGUUCUGGACAUAAAUACAUACAACAUCCGAAUUUAAAUUACACCUAAGAUGGCGAGGUUCUAUAAUACGUACAGGUGAUCACAGACUUGUAUAAGAGAUUCCAAGGUUUUCGAUUAGCGCUGCUGGUUAUACCAGGAGGUCUUAGAAUGACGCUAGUUCAGAAUUCAUUAUUUAGCUAUUCUCAGGAUUCUCUCUACGAGUGGAAAAUUAUUAGAAAAUUGUGAGAAAAUCAGCCUAGAGAAAAAGAAAAUUGUCAAAAUUGAAAAUAUUGCCAAAUGACUCGACGGUUCUUUUCAAUUUCAAAUUUUAAGUUUAAUAUUCAGCAUUAAUUCCAGUUGCACUUGGUUUUAUCUCUUAACAGUAUAUUUAUUUAUUCAAAGGUUAUAAAAUAGCAGUUCUUUUUUUCAAAAACUUGUAGAAUCUUUUUGUUUGUGUAAGUUUUCUAACGAAAACUCCCAACUUUAUCUUAUAUUUCAGAUAACAGAGAAGAAAAUUGCUUUUGGCUAUACCUCCAGUAAGAAAAUCUGUUUAUGGCCUAACUACACCUUUUCUAUUUUCAAUCGUAUAUUCAGUUCAAUGUUGAAGAUGCGUAGCAUCGAUCUAAUAAAAUCAACUAAAGAAACUAUUUUUUCAGUAUACCGAGUUCAGCAAGUUCUCCAAUGUCCUUCAGGGGCACACAGAUACUUCCCGAAUAUUUGAAUCAAUAUUCUCCAGAUAUCUGUACUGCAGCAAGUAGACUAUGUAUAUUAAAUAAGAUUAAUACAGGGAUUUUAAUCUUCCGUCGUUCAUGAUUUUUGCAAACUUUUACUUUCGAAUUUCGAACUGCCAAACACAAGCGCACAAAUUGUAUAAGAAAAAAUAUAAAUUUAAAACAUCAAUUGCGUAUUCGCGAAGAAAUUAUAUAUUUUUCUGCUAAAUUGAUCUUGACAGAUAAUGCUUGCAUGGAUCGUUUUUCUUUACAGUCCAAAGGGUUUUGGUUUUUACAUUCCGAAACUUAUAUUAGAGUUAGUUAAUUCAAUUGUUGUUUAAUAUGGAGUUUUGCAAAUUUAUUAUAGAACAUUUAAGAAGCAUUGAAAUUGUGAUUUUAUAUACGUAUGAUAUAAUCAUUAUACAUUAAGAAUUUAAAUAUUAUGAUUGCUAAUGCAUAAUAUCAGUUUAACGAGAUGUCACUGAUUAUCUGACAUUAUUGUAACAAAAUUUGCAAUGCAAUUUCCACAGUUUUCUUACAUUAUUCAGAAUUUCUUUUAUGCUAUUAAAUAUCAUGUUGCAAAUGAAAACUCCAAUGUUUUUAAUAAUUAAAUAACUGUUCGGCGUAAGGAAGGAAAAGUGAAAACUUCGAGGAAUCAUUGAUUUUCAUUGAAAUAUGUAAUAUCAUUUCAUUUGACUGUUCGAUACAAAUAGGUUUUAUUGUUGUGCUUCCCGCGUACUUGAACUUACAACGUGUACUUCCGCUUUUAUCGAGACAUACAUAUAAGAUACACGAAUAGAAUUAUCUUGCGCAAGACUUAGAUUACUGUCAGUAAUGUUUAAAUGGUAGUUCGCAUUCAGAGCUAGACUGAUUGAAGUAAAAAUAAUAGAGCAACCGAAGAUUCUUUUGUUUUAUCGAUAACAAGAUUAAAAUGUGUAUUGUAAUUAAAUUUUCAAAGGAGUAAACACGAUGGAUAUUUCUUUGAACACAGUGUCUUUUAUAAUCGCAUCGUUAAAUAAUAAUUUAGAAUCACAAGUUUCUCGCAUGUCACGUUCAACGUAGAAGAUACACUUUAAUUGUUAUAGAGUGUCAUAAAUGACUAGUUGCAUUCUACGCCGUAAUACUGUACAGGGUUUUCAAAAAUGGGCUUUACAAUAAAAUGAAAUCAUUACUUUUCAGUUUUCUUCAAAUGAAUGCCAACAAUUAAUAGAAUCAUAAUUGAUUUGAAUAUGAUAAAGAAUUUCACAUGUACAAUUUACAAGUAUUCAUCUAUUGAUAACACGCAACGAAACACUGAUUUUUCGUAGAAAUUUUCUUUCUUAAUUCAAAAGAUACAUAUUUGAUGACGACGCCCUGUACACAUACGUGGCUAUCGAGUAACAUGUAUACUUCUUUUUUAAUGAUUUGUCCCUUAAAUUGUCACCUGUAUAAUACAAAUAGUUCCUAGAUCGUUGUACAUUGGUAUAUUACCAGCCCUCGCCUAUGUGAAAUUUAAUUACAUUCUUUCGUUCGCUUUCUUAA